AUGUCGAUUUUACGGCGGCCAGCUGGGCUGUUCGCGGCCGUCGCGCUCUUGGCCGUGGCCGCCGCGCACGGAAACCAUGGCGGCGAGAAUAUUGAGGAAGGAGAGACAGUCUCCUCAGAUCCCAUUGAUGCGAUAUUAUGGAUUCACAUUUUUCUCCAAAUGUUUGCUUGGGGAAUCCUCUUCCCCGUCGGAAUGGUUUUUGGUCUCACCAAGAGCCGCUGGCACGUCCCUACGCAAAUCCUCGCCACUUCCCUCACGAUACUAGGCUACUUUCUCGGCCACAUGCAUCGUGGUCGCCAAUUCAAUCCCAAGAAUGUGCACGCUGCCUUCGCGAACCCGCUCUUCUUCAUGCUUGCAGCCCAAGCUAGCAUGGGCAUCUACCUUAAGCUUCACCUGGAGAGGGGUAUCAACGGCCGCAUCCGCCGACUCGUCCAGCCCGCCCACAGUAUCCUCGGCAAGGCGUUCCCCGUCAUUGCCUGGGUACAGAUGAUCUUUGGCGGCAUCACCACACUCGGUUUCUGCCAGGGCGACCACACUGGCCAGUGUGCAGCUCACUUCAUCAUGGGUGGUGCCUUCAUCGCCUACGGCAUCGUGCUGACCAUCCUCCUUGUCGCCGGGCAAUUGUGGAUUCGCCGCUCGGGACGCUCACAAGAGUUUUACGACAACUGUGUCAUUGCCGCCUGGGGUUGCGUAAAUACUUUUACGGAGCACAGAUGGGGAACGGAAUGGGUGAAGAACGAUUGGCAGCACACCACGAUGGGCAUCGUUUGGUGGUGCGCUGGCCUCGUGGGCAUCUGGCUUAGUCGUGAUCGAGACGGAAACCCGAAGCGUAACUUCAUCCCAGGCUUCGUCCUCAUCAUCACCGGCUGGGCCAUGUCGGCGCACCCUCAAGAAAUGCACUCGAGCGCCGCCGUUCAUUCCAUUUUUGGAUACACGCUUAUGGCCGCGGGGUUAACUCGCAUCAUCGAGAUCUCCUUUAUCCUUAAAGAUAAAAUGGGUGUCUCCGAAGACGGAAGGCAGGCUAGCAGCUUCCAGUAUAUUCCCGUGUUUCUCCUUUACGCUUCAGGGUUCCUCUUUAUGGGCGCUACCGAAGAGCAGAUGGCCCUGGUGGAGUCCUCCAACAUGGAUCAUGUUGCCUACAUCCUCAUCUUAUUCUCCAUGGCCGCACUUGUCUUUCUAUUCGCCAAUAUCUGCAUCUAUCUAUGGGAUCGCGAUCAGCACAUCGACGAUGCCCAGGAGUUCGAACUCGAUGGACUUGUUAGCGACGAAGAGGAUGAUAGCGCUCAACUUUUGAAGGAGGAAACGGUUGAUCGGGCGGUUCGCGAGAACGGCAGCAGCCAUAAUCCCAGGACAGAACGGGCGACGGAACUCGGCAAAAUGGUCAACGUCGCGACACCAAACACAAAAUCCAAGCUCAUCAAGGGCAAGCGGGCGGCGAAGCUGCGCAGAGACUCUCAGAGGCGGGCGCAAACAGCCAAGCUCGGCGGGGACAAGGACGCCAAGGCGGACACGACGCGCGGGGCGAGGACGGAUGCGGAAGGUGGUGAGUCUGGCAAGGCGGCGAAAGAGGGAGAGAUGGAGGUUGAGGGUACGAUUGAGUAA